CCCUGUUAAACCCGGGACCUUUUGCUGCCCACGUUCUUUUUCCCGUUCCGGCAUGGCGAUCCUUUUUGCUCUGGUGGCGCGGGGAUCUGUGGUUCUGGCUGAGUUCAGCUCGACACAUACGAACGGUAGCGCGAUUGCGAGGCAAAUCCUGGAGAAGAUCACUGGUACCCAAGACAGCAACGUCUCUUACUCGCAGGAUCGCUACAUCUUCCAUGUUAAGCGAACCGAUGGCAUCACAGUCCUCUGUAUGGCUGAGGAAACCGCCGGAAGAAGAAUUCCCUUCUUAUUUCUUGAAAACAUUCAUGGAAGAUUCAUAAAGGCUUAUGGUCGUGCUUGUCAUUCAGCACUUGCUUAUGCCAUGAAUGAUGAAUUUUCAAGAGUCUUAAGUCAACAAAUGAACUAUUACUCGAGUGAUCCGAAUGCUGAUAGGAUAAACCGCAUGAGAUGUGAAAUGAGUCAGGUGAGGAAUGUCAUGCUAGAUAACAUUGACAAAGUUCUAGAAAGAGGAGAUCGAUUGGAGUUGCUGGUUGACAAAACUGCAAACAUGCAAGAAAAAACAUUUCACUUCAGAAAGCAGGCCCGACGCUUUCAGAGCACUGUGUGGUGGCGGAAUGUUAAGCUCGCGGCUUCCUUGAUUAUUCUCCUAUUGAUUAUACUCUAUGCGGUGCUUGCGUUUGUGUGCCAUGGCUUCACUCUUCCCUCUUGUAUUGGCCAUUGAGUGCAGCAUGCCUCAUUGUUUUUUUCCUUUUUUCCUUGUUUCCUUGGGGCAAUUACAUACAGACCAACCGAAACUUGCUGUUUACAAAUCAACCACCUUUUGUCAUCGAAUUUUCAAAUCCUCCCUCAAAUAUUAAAAUUCAUGGUAAAACCCCAAUCCAUGUUUUUCAUUUUUAUCAAAUUCUCAAUAUUUUGAUCGUGGCACAUAUUAAUACAUUAAUUCGGCAGUUCAAAAAAAUGACUCGGGUGGUUAAUUUGUAAAUAUCAAUAUUUCAGUGGUUUGUAUGUAAUUAUCUUCUUUUUUUUCCGUGUAUCAAAGAGGUAGAUUACAAUUUUUUUAUUAUAUUGAUGAUUCCUGUACAGAUGUCUGGUUUUCUGCAUUUAUUGUGUGCCAUUCGAUGUACUCUUGUGAUCGUGCUGAAAUAACAUUGUGAUCUUUAUGAAAUGUAUUAUAUUUUCACGUAAA